UGAGGAAGCACGCAGCCUGUCUGACUGAGGAGUUGGUGCUGCAGCAGCAACCGCAGAAACAGCAGCUACGCUCAUGUUGUUGACGGAUGACUUUUGAAAGGCAGGAAAUGAGAGAAGUAGAGCGUUAGAACCAGAGAGGACGACUUCAUCUGCCAUAGCACAUGCAACGACCUACAAGAGAGAAGUGCAUCAGAAGGGAAACAGGCCGUAGAUAGUUGAUGGAACCUGGAUUGAGAGUCCCACGCUAAGAAUUUGCAAUGGGCAUUGAGGAGAAAGAUUCAGAGCCUGCGGCGUUGCAACCAUCGAAGGAGCAAGGGACAGCAGAGAGAGAAAAGGAUUUCCCUGGUGAGGCUCCACAGACAUCCGAAGCCGCCGACCCCCUCAACACGUACAAGUGGCACACCGGCUCCAAGGGAGCGCUCAACGAACUGAAGGACGGAGAGGGAGGCACCGCCGCUUCCACGUCCACCAUCGACAAGAUUCAGAAGGCCUCCACCAAUAAAUGGAGCAAAAUGCAAAACUGGCGGAAAGCCCUGAGCGAGGACCCCGGAGAGAAGAACUCUGCUGUCGCUGUCAAAGGUGGAGAGAGAACCAAGCCUGAUAAAUGGGCAGGAGUAACCAGAAAGAGCCCGUUCAGGAGGGCCUAUUCCGAGCCUCCCGGAUCCCUUUUCUCGGCUGUGCCUCCGUCCUCCAGCCCCACCAGCCCGACGCAGGCGGCAGCAUCCUCACCUGCUGCUGGGGCGGCUGCAGAGGCCCCGGGGGGGGCCUCCACUGACCCUUCGCAGAAAGGAGGCGGAGGGGCGCUCUUUAAAAAAUACUUGUGGAACGUAACGCAGAAGCUUAAGAAGCCCCGGCUGCAGAGUCGCAACAGCACGCACGCUUUACUGCCUGAAGUGGAUGAAGCUGGAGUGACGUCAGCGCACCCAAACGAGCUCCCGAGGCUGCACUGGGCCCCGGCUCAGGAGGUCCCCUUGUGGGACAUCUCCAGCUGCAUCCUUGAAGAUGGACAGAUUCUCAUCUCUCAGGAGGAUGAUCCGACGAUGUGGAUGCGGAGCCGAGUCAGCAGCCUCUUGUCCAACGCCAGCAUGCGAAACCUCACAGAAAUCGACGGAGAAUGCAGUCCGGACCACAUGGGAAUGUCGGGGGCCAGCGGCCCUCGGCCGAAGAGCCACGACGGAGGUGUGAGGGGGCUGAUCAAGAGACGCCUGGCUAAAAGAAGCAGCACCACCCAGCUCAGCCCGGGGCUCAGCAUAGGAAGCAGGCACUAUGGUUCCCGGGAGUCUGUGUCCAUCCCAGUGGGGAGUCUGGAUCUGAGCGCUGACACCAGCACCGUCAUCAGGCCCGUCCACAGCUCCAUCCUGGGCGAGAAGUACUGCUUUGAGGUGAUAAAUUCAGAGAACACCCACUGCUUCGGCUGCUCCUCAGCUGCCGAACGGGACCGCUGGAUUGAGGACCUGAGAAGGGCUGCCCAGCCUAAUAAAGACAACAUUGAGCGAACAGAGAACUCACUGUGUCUCUGGGUUAACGAAGCGAAAGAUCUGCCACCCAAACGCCGUUACUACUGCGAGCUCCACCUGGACGGGACCCUGUUCGCCCGCACCAGCAGCCGAGCCGUCGGGAAGCCGCCCAACCGCUCCAGCAUGGCAGGGGACGCCUCCAACGGCUCAGGCCCAGGAACCAGCGGAGGCUCAAAUGUGGGCUGCCAACUGUUUUGGGGGGAAUUUUUUGAGCUUGACAACCUGCCCUCAGUCUCCCAAAUCAGCCUGCACCUUUUCCGUGAGGAAGACCCAAAGAAAAAGCGCCACUCCCGAGAGGAGUCCAGCCUGCAUCCACUUGGCAACGUGGUAAUCCCCAUCGCUGAUAUCCAAGGGAGGACCUACCAGGAGAAGUGGUACCCCAUCACUCCAUACAAGGCUGCAGGGACUGCAGGGAGCAAGGAGACCUUGGGGCCACAGGCUUCCCUCCGCAUCAAGGCUCGUUUCCAGAAUUUGAAAGUGCUGCCGAUGGAGAAAUACAAAGAGUUUGCAGAAUACGUGACGGUGGGUUAUGUGGACAUGUGCCAAAACCUGGAGCCGCUCCUGAAUGUGAAGGAGAAGGAAGAGCUGGCAGGAGCUCUGGUGCAUGUGCUGCAGAGCAUCGGCAAAGCCAAGGAAUUCCUCAUCGAUUUGGGCAACGCAGAGGUGGAGCGACUAGGAGAGAAGGAAGCGCUGAUCUUCAGAGAGAACACUCUGGCCACUAAAGCUAUAGAUGAAUAUAUGAAGCUGGUGGGCCAGAAGUAUCUCAUUGACACACUAGGGGACUUUAUCAACCGCCUCUACGCGUCGGCGGAGAACUGCGAAGUUGACCCACGUAAAUGUACCGGCGUUGACGUGUCGAACAACCAGAGGCACUUGAGGGAGACCGUUGAGGAGGUGGUGCAGAAGAUCGUUGGGAACCACGGGCCUUUUCCAGAAGAAUUACACAAGAUCUUCUCCAGCUGGACGGAGCUGUGCCAGGACAAGGGCAAAGCAGAAAUUGGCCAGCGCCUCAUCUCUGCUUCACUCUUCCUCCGCUUCUUAUGUCCCGCUAUUCUGAGCCCUUCUCUUUUCGGUCUGACACAACCUUAUCCAGAGCCAAACACCCUGCGCACGCUGACCUUAACUGCCAAAGUCAUCCAGAAUCUGGCCAAUUUCACCACGUUUGGAGAGAAGGAAGAGUACAUGCUCUUCAUGAAUGAUUUCCUGCAGCAGCACUGGGAUGGAAUGAGGGGCUUUCUGCAAACAGUGUCCAAUCCAGACACAGAAAUCCCAAUGACAUCCUUUGAUGGAUAUGUGGAUUUGCCCUUGCGUUUAGCUGUGCUCCAGGGCCUGCUAGUAGACAUCAUCCACAAGAAGGACGAGGACACGAUUGAGAGGCUGCACCCUCUGCCCUCAAUCCUCAACCAGAUAACAGAGUCCCUCGGUCCUGAGGCCCUUCGGAUCGCUGUUAAAAAUCAAAAUGAGCAAUCCAAGCCGCUGUACGUCCUCCCUAAAGACCUACGCAAGUACAGUCCCCUGCAGUCCUCGCUCCACAGGAUGGAGUCCAAGGGCCCACAAGACAGCGACGGCAGGACUCCCAGAAGAACGAGAAAGGGACAGCCCCUCCAAAGGACUCAGAGUGCUCCACACAGACGUCCUCACGCAAAGCAAACCCUGAAGAGACAGAUAAGUUCUGAGGCCCUGCCAACAUCUGACCAGGAGCAAGAUCCGGAACCCAGCCAGCCAAAAAUCUCAGAACCUAAAUCCACCAUCAAGCGUGCAACCGCACCAGUUCCCUGGAUAGUCAACCCCAACAGGGACUCCAGGGAGGUGAAGACGGAAAAUGAGCAAUUCAGCUUACUGGACAGGCAUGCUCAAGAACUGUCGGAGCUCCGUCUGGGGAUCGAGCAGGUGACGGAGCGGGAGCUGGACAUGGCCAAGCGCCUGGAGGACUUCAUCAUCCAGAGCCAGGACCAGAAUGCAAUGCUGCAGUCAGAGGUCAGCGAGCUGCAGAACCUGCUGGCUGUGAGGGAGGAGCAGCUCGCCAGCGCCACCUUUAGGUUGGGUGUGAUUGAGGAGGAAAGGGAAGAGGAUGAGAGGAAACUAGGCGUUGCCAUGGCAGCAGCUGACAGAAUGAACGUUCUGGAGGAGCAAAUUGCAGGCCUCCUCCAGGAGCUUCAGCAGCUGAGCGAAGUCCACAAGAGCAGCCAGAACAACACGCAGCGCCCUGAAAAGCCAACUAUCAACAGCAACUGAGACCCGAAAGGGGACACAACUCAUCUUCACUUUCCGUUUGUUUUAAGUCCCACAAGUUUAUAACCUUGUUAACGUUGUUCGUGUGUUCCAUGAUGAACAAAAUAGCUGUGGAUUUCUGCUUUAGACCUGCAGAGCGCUACCCAAAGGGGCGGGGGGGGUCUCUGGGUGGAGCUGUACAGGUCGUUUCAUGCACUGUGAAGAACUAUGAUAAUGAAACAAAUGACAGCAGAAACGGGGAGGAGGAGGUACAUGUGACGUGUUGUCACUGUGAUGUCACCAAAGCAGAAUCUGUAAACCAUCGUGAUUUACCCAGGUGUUUAACUACAGCAGAACCGGCGUCCCAUCAAAAAUACCAGAGGACACAGACACAUCCUCAUUUAAUGAACGUGGAUAAAGAAUGCCCAAAUAAUUAAGACGAAGAGAGAUUUGUUCCAAAGCAGAAGCUUAGAAUUGCACAAUUUCAAAGAAUGCAAGUCUUUAUGUGAUUAAUAACUGUUGAAGUGGGGAUUUAAAUGCAAAUAUAGAGCUCCUGUGUGAAAUCUAGAGGAUUUUUCUGUAUUUUUACAAAUGUUUCUCUGCCUCAAAUGUGUUUCACUUCUAAAGCUUUUUGACGAAUAAAAACUAUAAAAUGUCCUCUUGGUUUGUUUCAAAAACUCCUUCCAAAUGGAACAAUGAUAUUUGCUGAAGUAGUAAAACAUUAGAGUGGUGUUGUGCAACAAAGGGAGUGCUGGUUCAGU